AUGGCCCUUCAGCUGAGCGCUGCAGGAAAUGUCUCACUGAGCGACGUACUGCAUGCUUGGCGAGAUGGCCCCGGAGAACCUCAACGCAUCCGCAACAUGGAUUACGCCGUAGGCUCCAUGACUAUGCUCUUCUUGGCGGCUUACUACAAGGCGUACACGGAUCUCUACAAACAUUACAAGUCCAAGAUAAAAGAGUACAGGCAUCCCCUAGAUCGCAAGAACCGUUACCACGAGAUGAGACGAGUCUGCUAUUACCGGCUACGAAAGCAGUCCUGCAAAGAUGACCCGGUGCUGAAGCCAAACGACAUCCCAGCUUCCUUGUGCACGCACAUCAUCGUAGGCUAUGCCCACGUGGACUUUAAUGGGAUCGUCUACCCCGCUCACCCUGAAGACGAGGACGUCUACGCCAGUAUAACGCGUGUCGGUGUACCGGUGCUUUUGUCCAUUGCUGGGCCCGCAACUGGAGGCUUUUCAUCCAUGGUGUCUACGCGUACCACUAGGCUUAGGUUUAUCCGGUCAACAGUUGGACUGAUCCGAAGGUUUGGGUUCAGUGGCGUUGACCUGGACUGGGAGUUCCCAGGAAUGGGAAACAAUCGGUACUACGACAGGCGUCGUUUCACGGUACUAGUGGAGGAAUUUCGUGCAUACAUGAAAGAAUCUAAGAAGGAGUUCCUUAUGAGUGCUUGCGUGUCUGCCAAGUAUCCCGUCAUAUACACAGCCUACGACGUUCGUCCACUUUCCAAAAUGCUAGACUUUGUCAACGUAAUGGCGUACGACUUCAGCUACUUCACGGAACAGUGGCCUUACACUGAACACCACAGUCCGCUCUUUCCAAGACCUGGAGAACCCAUGCAUUUGGGGGGCCACAAUGUUGCGUCAGCAAUUCACCACUGGACAGCAGCAGGGAUGCCGCACGAAAAGAUCAAUGUGGGUAUCCCGCUUUAUGCAAGGACGUAUCGCUUGAAAUACAGGCAGAGACCUCUCAUGGAAAGCGAAGCACUUGGCCCUGGGCCCGGUACAGGAGGCCGGAUGUCCUACAGAGAGGUAUGCAAGCACCUCAAAGGAGGAGGAGUGGCUCUCAUGGACAAGUACACUUAUGCACCGUACGCCUACAGGGAGGACGAAUGGAUGGGAUACGACAAUGUUCAGAGCACGAUAUUAAAAAGCCAGUGGGCCGAGACCAUGGGACUGGGUGGUGUCAUGACGUACGCCAUCAACAUGGACGACUGGGAAGGCGCUUGUGACAAUAAGACGACGUUUCCGAUCCAUAGAGCCAUAUGGAGAACCAUUGGAUAACCUCCACGCGGAGUGAUUCGGACACAGGACGGAAGCACAGUCGGACCAACACCACGUUGUUCAAGAAAGCUCGCUUGUUCGCCACGUGAACACAAAGCAGGGGCGGAUCUAAGCCCUCGGUUUGGGGGGGGGGGUUCUUUGUCGGAGCGCGUAGUGGGAGAGGGGGAAAUCUAAUGUAUAAACUGACGUUUUGAGGGGCGAUCGCCCAACCGUCCCCCCUUGGAUCCGCUACUGACACAAAGUUGGGGUGUCGUCUGCAUCGUGCUGUCGUCACAGACGAUUUCAAGCACAGCCUUGCUGUGGCUACAAGUGACUGCGCGUGCAGCAAGUGGCGGCUCGUUUCCAUAGCUACGGUCGCCGAAGCACGUUCGUGAUUGGCAGACUCUUAAUGAAUACCAUAUACGUCAUUUAUUCGAUCAGGCUUUUUUUACUCGACGAGGUGUUGGUCGGAUCAACAUCUCCUAGGUAGAGAAAGCCUACAGGUUGGGACAGAAGUUUACGGAACACGCGAGCGACGUACUUUUCCGUCGGUGCGACACCCUAGCGGCUGCCGGAAGCGGAUGAGUUCACUGUUCCGGAGGGAUGGAAGGGUGCGCUGUUAUAGCGACACACAGUGGUAGUUCCGGUGUCUCUUGGGUGUGCCUUGGAAGUGGAAGCUACUGCUGUGUGUCGCUAACAGCGUACCCUUCCACCCCUCUGAAACAGUGAACUCGCCCGCUUCUGGCGGCCGCUAGGGUGUCGCACCGACGAAGUACGCCGCUCGCGUUUUCCGUAAACUUUUGUCCCAACCUGUACUCGUCGACGUGACGUGGCAACUAAGAGUCAUCCAAUCAAGAUCGUGUUUUCAACGGCCGUAGCCAAUCACGAACGUGCUUUCAGCGGUCCUAGCCAUGGAGACGAGCCACCGUCAGCCGCACGAGCAGCCACUGUCGUCUGCGAGUAGUGAACGUCACCGCGUACUAAAUGGGAAAACAAUAUAGCGCAAAACGGUCCCACAUUUUUCUAAAAACUGAAUUUCUCUAUAGCGUUGUUGCACUUUUAGUCUACCGGUUCAAAUUUACGAAGUUAGCUGCAAUCACUUGAGAGUUCUUUGAUUUCGCAGAACAGCGAGUCGCGGUAUCAGACGAAUUCUGAUGUGUCCACGUAGCGAAGGAGGGAGAGGAGGCAUUAAGCAGGCCUUCUGAAUCUAAGGUGGCGUUGGUCCGACACAGCUGUUCACGUGACGACGUUGGCAGGCUGCCGUUCGAUGUCGACACCCGUCGUCCGUCCGUCAGCAUCGGUGCGCGUUCUCGAAGGUUCCUUUCCUGAAUUGUUUGCAGUGAAGUGUGAAACAGCUUUGCAAUUUUGAGUGAAAUGGUAGGGUAAGCUAAGAUGUUACGUUGCGAGGUGAUCUGAGGAAAUGGACCAAAGAUUAACGGAAAAUAAUUUGUACUUAAUUGGUGAACCACGUUUCGAAGCCUAAUUUACACGGCAUACAAACCUCUAUGCUCGGAGAAAGUUUACAUGGACAAAACGCACACGUUGACGUAACCUUUUAUGAGCCAGUACAGAGAGGUGAGAGAGAGAAACGUCCCUGAUAUGUUAAGCUGCAAACACAACAUGAUCUCAAAAGUCAGUAUGGAUCUUCAACCCUAACGGGUCGAUAUGAGCACGUUCAUUUGCAGUCACCUGCUCCGUAGAACACUCUCACAACCACUUCAGACCCAAGCAAAUGCUUACAAACAGAUUUGCGCUAUAUCACGUACAUUAAUAACUGAAUUCGACUAAACUUUCUGAGGCAGAUUACUUGGCAUCGCACAUCGUUUCAAGCGCUCAGAUUCUGAACGCGGAAAGAACGUAUUGAUGCACCAUGACAAUUCGGUGUUCCUAAUUUUUCCAAACCCAACCAUUAAAGUUGACCCAGCUCUUA